AUGUCGUCCGCCUUCAUUCGCGCUUGGAAAGAACAAGGCCCCAAGGCUGCCAUUGUCGGUGACUAUGAUUGGAAGUUCUUGUGUACUCCCCGUUUUCCCUUUUGCAAAAAGGGCAAGCUCUAUGAUCCUCCUCCCUUUUAUGCCUACGACGAACCUCUCAGUCUGUUGGUUAGUUUGAGCAUUGGCUUGCAGCACGCCCUCACCAUGAGUACCAACAUUAUCACGCCUGCCUUGCUCGUCUUUAACGUCGUCAUGAGCUUCUUCCCCGAAAUCUACGAUCCCAACUUGGGCGAAGAACAGGCGGCCAACCGUGAGCGUGCUUUGGAUGUGGCGCAGUAUCUGGUCAGCGCCUCCUUGAUUUGCAGUGGGCUUGGCACCAUGAUGCAAGUGUCCUGCAUCAAAAUUCCCUUUACGUCGUAUCAGUUGGGCACUGGCGUCUUGUCGACCAUGGGUACCGCCAACCAGUACAAUGCCAUCUUUCCCGUGAUCCUCUAUGAUAUCAUGUCACGUGGGUACACCUUGGAACAAGCCUGGGGCAAGUUGCUCGGAACCAUCAUGGUGUGCGUCUGGUUGGAAGCUUUCAUCUCCUUCAUCCCUUACAAGAUCCUCAAGCGUGUUUGUCCUCCCUUCGUCUUGGGUGUCACGGUAACCUUGAUUGGGGUCCAGCUGACUGGAGCCGGAAUCAAGUUUUGGGGAGGUGGUGUGGGUUGCUCGCGAGCUCCCAGUGCGGACAAUCCCUGCCUGGGAAACGGUGAAGUCCAGCUCGGAUUUGGGAGUGCUCCCUACGUUGCCAUGGGCUUUUCCGUCUACAUUAUCUUUUUGGUGGUCGAAAUCUUUGGAAGCCCCUUCUUUCGCAAUACAAUGGUGAUUUGGGGUCUUCUUGGAGGAUACGCCAUCGCAGCAAUGGCCUCGCACGAAGGAGACCGCUUUGUCACCACGGAUCGAAUGAAAAGCAGCGAUGCAUUUACCUUCCUUUGGGUCGAAACGUUCCCGAUUGGCGUGCACGGUCCAGCGAUCAUCCCAAUGUUGUUUGCGUUCCUCGUUACGGCGAUGGAAACAUUUGGGGAUAUUACAGCUACAGAGCAUGCAUCCAGGUUGCGUCCUUCCGGUGAACAACAUUCCAAGCGCAUUCAGGGUGGCUUGUUGGGUGAUGCGGUGGCCACCUUCUUUGCGGCGUUGGGGACCACGCCACCCAACACAACCUUGUCGCAGAACAACGGUAUUGUUGCCCUUACCAGAUGCGCCUCCACGUCCGCUGGAUACUCUUGUGGGUUCUGGUUGCUCAUCUUUGGUGUCAUUGCCAAGAUUGGAGCCUGGAUCUUGUCGAUUCCCGAUUGCGUUCUCGGUGGUGCCCUCACAUUUCUCUUUAGCAACAUUAUCGUGAGCGGAAUCAAGCUCAUCAGUUUGUCCAGGAUUGACAGACGAACUCACUACAUUGUGGCUGCUUCUUUGGCCUUGGGAGUUGGCACUGCUCUGGUCCCUGCCUUUUCCAGUCCAGGCAUUGGAGUAGGAGCCUCUCGCCCAAACCAGUGGUGGCCUUACAAGGAAGGCAUGUCGGAUGCUGCAAACUCGUUCCGCGUCGGAUGUAUGAUCGCUGUGAACACGCCCUAUUUCAUUGGCAGCAUCACGGCCAUUAUUCUCAAUCUCAUCAUCCCCACCGACCUUGUGGAUGAUACCGAGGUGGAAAUUGAAGCCACUUGGCAAAACGAGGAUGAGGACGAUGACGAAGAGGAACUUCUCAAGAAGCCCGUUGAGGAUGAGGUUUUCAAAGAGGUCGACGUGGAAGAUCCCGAUUUGACCGACCAGCAAGCGAAGGAUGAUAUGGACUUGACCGAGACACAUGUGAUGGUUGGCGGAGACACCGACGCAGAAGCUUAG